UAGACGAGUGUGUGUAGCUUUUAGAGGCAAAAUUUAUCGCAAAAAACCAGAACGUUUUUUUUCCACAUUAAAUUUUGCAAUCGAAAAUAUAAAAAAAAAAAAACAUCGAACUAAGCAAAAAAAAAUGUAAAACAGAAAAUUGUGUACUUAGCUAGUGAAAUAGAUGAGAACUGAAAAUUGUGUGACUAAUUGAAAGAAUCAAAAAGAAGAAAUUUCAUUUCGAUACAGAUUUUUUUCUCAGACAGACUCUCGCUCUGCCCGUUGUGUUUGUAAAUAUAUGAUCGUAAUUAUCAUCUAAAAUAAUAGUGAUGUGUAGUAACAGUGAAUACAGAUUAUUGAGUGUUUUCUGAUUGACCACAAAAAAAAAAAUAAAUAUUAAAGUCGGUAGAAAAAAAUAACAUAAAAGAGAGUAAAGAACUUCUUUGAAAUAAGAUAAUAGUAGCGAGUAGUAAGAAGAAGUAGAAAACAAGAGUAAAAGAGAUAAUCGUGAAUGUACAUAUGUGUAAACUGUUCAUACAAUUUGAAUAAAAAAUAAAUCGAAAGAGUAUCAUUACCGCUGUUUUUAUCCCGAGAAGCAGAUAUAAUUCAAGUUCGGUCCACAACAACAACAGCAACAUUUUAAAAAGCAUUAUUACACACGCAACUGGAGUGACUGGUGAUUGUUGAGUAACAAGUUUUUUUUUUGUUGAUGCUUAACCGAAAAGGGUGAUUAAACUACAUUUUUUGACUGAAAGUGAAUUGAACACCAGCAGCAUAAUACAAAUUAGUAAAUGGAAAUUUCGUUUGAAUUUAUCGUAAAUCAUCACGUAGCAUUGACGCUUUUAUGAAAUUUUUGUGCGUCGUACAAACAACAGCAUGUUGAAAUUAGCAGCGAGAAGAAGAAAACAUUCAUCGUGAUCGUCACCAAGGAGCUGUGGUUUUGCUAAAGAAAUGAAAAAAUUAAAAAUUUAAACAAAUAUUUUUCAUUGAAAUUCCAAUCUCGAGAGUGCGAAAAUCACAUAUAUUACUAACGCAGCAACAAGCACACACAUAAGCAACAUUCUUCAAUCUUUAAUUUUUUUUCACUUUGUUCUGCGUCAAAUAGCUUUAAGUGUAAACAGCAGCUUAAACAUAUAUUAUUUUAGUAAAGUAGUAAUUAUUAGGAAGCAAUACUUUCAAAAUGAAUCAUCAUCCGCAAUAUAACUACAAAGCACUGGAUCCCGACUUGGAUGAGUAUUUAAGUGAAUACAAGAACCAAACGCCAUUGGAAUCUGAUCAUUAUGCAGAUGGUGAAUCGGAAGCACAAUGGCUCGUAGAUGCGGGAUUUCCGCAAUUAACAAGAGCAUUUGAACAGGGUCGUGAACAGUCAACGUCUGAAUUGGUUCCAAUAUUAGCAAGAUUAUCAAAACAUCAUGCAGAGGCGGUUAAAUUAAGAGUCAAAGCUUUAAAUCAAACAGUUCGUGGAAGGACGAGAUCGCGUAAUACAAGAAAGAAGCCUGACAUACGCGACGUUUUUCGUGAUGUUGAGACGUGUAGCACCGGUUCCCGAUCACGAAGUGCCACUCCCGAUUCACUUGAUUCACUACCAGAUCAGGAUCAAUGGAAUAACAGUACCAAUCAAAUUCCGAGUUUUGUGUCAAUUUUUGACAAUACAUCACCAACAACAAUUAAUCGUGGGAAACAGAAUUUGAGACGAACACCGAGUGCACCAUUACGUGGAUCUGCGGAACUAUUUCGCGGAUCACAUAUACGAUGUGAUAUUCCAUGCUUCACUGCAGAUGGCAUUGAACUGCUAAAUUUCCAAAGAUUAGGUACUAUACACAUUCCACGUAUUCGAUCGGGCUCAGAUCCAUCAUGUACUAUUGGCAUUCGCAAAGGAAAUCAAAUAAUUUCAUCAUCAACCACACGCAGCCAUAAUAAUUUAUAUCUUGAUAAUGAAACAUCAUCAAAUUCAUCGGCAUCAUCGUCACCUAGUCCAAGUAAUUCGCCACCACGUAAUAGUAAUUUGAUGAAUACAUUCCAUAAGAAGAACACGAGUACGCCAUAUCGUACGACAAUGAAUGAUGCACCGAUAAGCUUUGAGAGUAUGAUACGCGAGACUGAAAAAUCAUCUGAUGGAUCUGAAUGUGAGACAAUCGAUGAAGUUAGUUGUGACAUAAAUAGUGUACCAGAAGGUGAUUUGAAGAAGCUCCAACCAGUUUUAUGGUUGGAAAUUGCAGCAAUUUUCGAUAAGCACCACAUAUCGUUAGAUCGUCGAAAGCCAUUCAAGCGAAAGCGAAAAGAAGAAGGGAAUGUUUUUGGAGUUUCACUGAAUGCUUUAGUACGUCGUGAUCAACAAGUGACCGGUGAGGAUACAUCGUUAGUGCCUUUGGUUCUACAAGGCAUGAUGCAUGAACUUAUCGCUCGCGGUGCUAAGGAGGAGGGGAUUUUGAGAGUUGCUGGACACAAACAGAAGACCGAAACAUUAUAUCAAGAAAUUGAGCACUCUUUCUAUUCGAAACCAGAGAAAGUUGAGCCAUUACUUAAACGAGCUGGUGUUCAUGACCUAAGUGCACUAUUGAAGCGAUGGCUACGCGAAUUGCCUCAACCAUUGCUGGCGAUUGACCUUGUACAUUUAUUUUAUCAAACUCACGCUUUACCGUCAUCCGAUCAAGUGAGAGCAAUCUCAAUGCUGUGUUUACUGUUGCCACAUGAAAAUCGUAAUACGAUGCGAGAGCUUCUCAACUUUUUCAAACUUGUCGUCGAUUUGCAGAGCUUCAAUAAAAUGUCAAUACAUAAUGUUGCGACUAUAACCGCUCCAUCAUUCUUCCCACCACGUUUCGUACAUCCGACAGAUAAAAAUGACAUACCAGCUCAGGUGCGAAUGGCCGCUCAAUGUUGUCAUCUGACAAAUGUGCUUAUCGCACAAAAUGAAAAUUUGUGGAAGGUUCCGCAACGUUUGAUUGAUGAGGCGAAAAAAAUCAGUAAAAAUGGAAAUAAUAAACGUCAGCCAGCUAGAAAAACAAGGAGUGCCACUCAGUCUACAUCGGACACAAAUAAUGUUCAUCGAUUAGUCAUUUAGCCUUCGAAGGUCUCUUCUCACCAAGAUGUUGAACUAUUGUAUGAGUGCUAAUUAAAUAUUGAGACGAAUUUUGAAGCCGCCGCAACUGUACUUACUCCGUGGGUCUAUUGAACGUCAAUAGAAAGGCCUGAAAGCGAGAUAAAAUUAAUUUAACCAAUUCUAAUUUAGGAUAAAGAAAAAAGUUUGCAAACAAUUUUUUUUAUAAAAAACUUACUUUAUGUGUAAUAAUAAGUAAAACGUAUGUGUUAUGUAUGAAACUACUUUUAAACUACUUAAUUUUUAAUUUGAAGUGAAACAGUCUCAAAUUCCUUUUUUAAAGUGAAAGCGUAA